AUGGCUUCAGCCCCCGAGCUCAUCCUCUACACCAAUCACACCUGCCCUUGGGCGCACCGCGCACACAUCGCCCUCGCUGAGCUCGGCCUCCCCUUCAAAGAGGAGAUCAUCGACCUCAACACCCCGCGCACCGAGGCCUACCUCAAGAUCAACCCGCGCGGCCUCGUCCCCGCCCUCUCCUACAACGGCGAGAUCAUCACCGAAUCGGGCAUCGUCGCCCAGUUCCUCGCCGACGCCCACCCCUCGCAUCUCCUCCCGGCCUCGGACGCCAAGGACGGCGCCCUGCGCCGCGCGCGCAUCAACUUUCUUCGUCGACACGUACUUCUCCAAGGUCAACCCGCUGCUGGUUCAGGAUUCAUCGGCGCCCAGUUCGUAGGAGGAGAAGAACGAGUUUGGCUAAAACAGAUGUCAGGUGUUCAAACGGGCUCGUUCAUCCUGCGCGUCUAUUCGUCUGCUGAAUAUGGACUGCUGCCCAAGACCAUCAUCGCGGAUCUGGCCGACCAGGCGCCCAACUUUACCAAGUGGGCUGACGCCGUGAGGAACAAGGAGAGUGUCAACGCCAUUUACGACGGGGAGUAUUGGGUGAAGAGGACCCGGGAGAGGUUCGCAAAGGCCAAGGCUUGA